UUUUCUUGGAUGUGACAUGUUUCUUGUGGAACAAGGCAGUUCUGUUUUUAAGUAAAAUUCAUGGCGACAGAUUCGUUCAUCAAGUUAAAUCCAAUUGCCAUUAACCGUACCCGCUUUGACCUCCGAGAUUUUGCUGGCAUAAGUCCUAAAAGCAUCUCUUCUUUGUGCUGCAUUAGCCCAAGAAUGAUAUCUUGCAACCAUUUCAGCCCGAGAACAUUGAUCUCCGGCGAGAAUGAUAACGUAUUGUUUCCCAAGAAAAAGAUCCCCGCGUUUGUCCGAUGCCAGACAAGUCUUGGGAUUGGAAGGAACCAAAAAUGGUGGGAGAAGGAACUGCAACCGAACAUGAAGUCGGUGACAUCACCGGAAGAUCUUGUCGGUUCUUUACGUAACGCCGGAGAUAAACUUGUCGUUGUGGAUUUCUUCUCGCCUAGUUGUGGUGGCUGCAAAGCUCUUCAUCCCAAGAUAUGUAAAAUUGCAGAAAAGAAUCCGGAAGUAGAGUUUCUACAAGUGAAUUAUGAAGAACAUAGAAGUUUAUGUCAAAGUCUUAACGUUCAUGUUCUUCCCUUCUUCCGCUUCUACCGCGGUUCCUCAGGCCGCGUUUGCAGCUUCAGUUGUACUAAUGCCACGAUAAAGAAAUUCAAGGAGGCAUUAGAGAAGCAUGGGAGGGAGCAAUGUUGGAAGGUCGUGGAGCAAGCUGAGAUAGACGACGAUCAAUUGAACCGUUCCGGUGUUAGAUCGACGAUGGCUGUGACUUCUGAUGCGGCUAAAUUGAAUUUCGUCAGUUUAGUCAAGUUCUUGAAACCACCAAUUCCGUACGAUAUAAGCCUAAACACAUCAGCCAUUAACACUAAACAGAGGCGGCAAAGCAAAACCCUUGUCGUGAAAUCCAACAAAAGGUCAACAACAUCAUUGACUAGUAGUGUCUCGGUGGUUACAAGGAGAAACAACAAUGGUGGUGAUGACACGACUGCGUUUAGGAAAGUGGGUAGAGAUGAUAAAGGACAAACGGUUCUGUUGUGUGCUUUAGGAUAUUGGAUCCAAGGGUCAAGAUGUUUCCCAUGGCUUGCUCUUAACUUCCAUAUGGCUCAUUGUCUUAAUCUCAAGCCAUCGACGCUUCAGCUUGUGCAGUACACUGCUAGUCUUCCCAUGGUGGCUAAGCCUCUCUAUGGAGUUCUCUCUGAUGUUCUCUAUAUUGGUGGUGCUCGUAGAGUUCCUUACAUCUCCAUUGGAGUGCUUUUGCAGGGGUUAGCAUGGGGUUCAUUGGCGAUAUUCCCGGGCGCUCGAGAAGUUCUUCCUUCACUUAUGGCAUUAGUUCUGCUUAGUAACCUUGGAGCAUCCAUUACUGAAGUUGCUAAAGACGCUCUUGUUGCGGAAUACGGUUUAAGAUAUCAGAUUAAUGGUCUUCAGUCUUAUGCACUUAUGGCUUCAGCGGUUGGAGGAAUCCUUGGAAACUUACUCGGUGGAUAUUGCUUACUCAAGACACCUCCUAGAGUCUUGUUUCUUGCUUUUACAGCGUUGUUGUCACUUCAGCUCAUUGUUUCUCUAUCCUCUAAAGAAGAAUCUGUUAACUUGCCACGGAUCAAAGAAGUAACUCCAGAGAUAAGCUCUGUUUUGGGGAUUGUAAAGAAACAGUUUUUGGAUCUUAUGGUAAUUGUUCAGGCAGAUGAAAUCUCCCAGCCUUUAACUUGGAUAGUAGCUUCCAUUGCAAUGGUCCCUCUUCUCUCGGGAUCAGUCUUCUGCUACCAAACUCAAGUUCUAAAUCUCGAUCCUUCGGUUAUUGGAAUGUCGAAGGUUAUUGGACAAUUGAUGCUUCUCUGUUUAACCGUGGUUUAUGACCGCUACUGGAAGACACUUCCCAUGAGGUCACUGAUACAUAUCGUGCAACUCCUCUACGCCUUUUCGUUACUCUUCGAUUAUAUCUUGGUGAAGCAAAUAAAUCUCGCGUUCGGGAUCUCAAACACGGCUUUUGCGCUCUGUUUUUCUAGUGUAGCUGAAAUCCUUGCACAGUUCAAGAUUCUUCCUUUCUCUGUUUUGCUAGCAAAUAUAUGCCCUCGAGGCUGCGAAGGAUCCAUUACUUCAUUCCUUGCUUCAACUCUGUGUUUAUCAUCAGUUGUUAGCGCAUUUGCUGGAGUUGGAAUGGCUAAUAUGAUCGGGAUAACAUCGAAGAAUUACACAAACCUCCCUGCAGGAAUUCUGAUACAGUCUUUGGCAGCUUUGGUGCCAUUGUGGUUUAUUCACUAUGUUCCAAUGUCAGAGCCUGGUUUUGAGAAAGAAGGAAAGAGAGCUAUGAGUAAGAAAAGCAGAAGGAAUAGACGAGUAGGGAGAGUCAUCGGUCAGGAAGUUUUUGCUUACCGUCGAGAAAGAGAAACAUAAACAAGAAUCAGUUUGAGUUAAUAGUUAGAGAUAGUUCUUGAGCUGAUACAACAUUGUUUCUUGGGAGGAGAAGAUUUUGUGCCAAGUAAGGAUGGAUACUGAUGUGAGUUGGUAACAUAAAAAUGUCAAGAAUCUCAUAAAUCCAAACAAAGCAAUGUUACAUCUCAGUUCACACCAAUCUUGGUGCAGCAACACAAGGUUUCUCUCCACUGUUUCAUUCAUCGUUCUUGGUUUGGAGACAUGAGAUCUCAUCUCUUCCAAGAAGCCUGCAAGUUUAGCGGCAAGCCAAUGCACAGUGUAACAUCUCGUAGUAGAAUAAAAAUGACAUGGAAAU